CAAAAGGGACAGUGGCGAUAGGCAACUCUAUUAGUAACACCUCUGCAUAUGUCCGAGUCCCCUUGGUCCACUCGAGCAUGUCUGCGCAAAGGCAUUCCAAGCCUGCAUGGCUUGGCUUAGAAUAUGACCUUUCUGUGCAGAUAUUUUGGCAGUUGCAUCUCCUGAAGGUCUCAUUAAACCUGACGUGUUUAGCUCUGAAAGCGCCUGCCAAUGCGCAUUUUACUAUCCCUUUUUCCUGUUCUCAUACUCUAGUCCUCGAUGCGCAGUAAACCCAGUGCCUCAUACCCAAGCCGUUGAUGUUUGCCACUGUGUAUGGCUACCUCACGAAUUCUAGAAUCACGACCGCAAUAUGCAC